AUGGCGAACAGACAGUUUGAAUUUGACUCAACGGAUGUAGUCCAAAAUCUAGAGAAUACUGGUGUGCGACAAGGUGGUGUUCUUUCACCAUUAUUGUUUUCUAUUUACAUCGACGAUCUAUUGGUAAAGAUUAACAAGUCGGGAUAUGGUUGCAGUGUUGGAAAAGUUUGUAUAGGAGCAGUGGCAUAUGCUGAUGACAUCUGUCUCUUAUCUGGCUCCUCAUAUGACUUACAACAAUUACUACAUAUUUGUUCUACAUUUGCUGUUGAGAGGCACUUAGUGUUUAAUUCUUCUAAGACAAGGUGUACUCGUUUGUCUCCAGUAGAGCAUCGUGGUUGUCAACGUUGCCACUACGUACCUAAGCUGAUUCUUGAUGGGAAUAUCCUGAACUUUGUUCAAAACUGGAAACAUCUCGGGCAUGUUAUGUGCGCUGAUAUGAAAGAGUCAUUGUCAAUUGAGUUUGAAAUGAAGAGGUUUUUCUCAUCCUUCAACUUCUUUUACCAUCAAUUUAAGCCACUCCGAUUGUGUUAUGUCGUCUAUUACAAGCAUUUUCAGCUGUAUUUUAUGGAUGUUAGUGAGUUGUGGUGUUGCAGUGAUAGUCAACUACAUAAAGUACGUGUAGCGUGGAAUGAUGCUCUAGGGAAAAUUUGCAAUGUCAGAAGAAGAAGAUGUCAUGUCGAUACAAUGAUUUAUUCCACCGGUCUUUUGCCUUUGCCCGAGAUGCUGAGGAAACGAAAGCUACAGUUUUUGUCUUCUCUAAUUCAGUCUGAGAACAGUGUUAUCGCGUACAUUUCGUCUCUUAGGUAUAAUUCUCAGCAGUCGUCCUUUCUCACUUCAUGCCGGAAAUGA